AUGGCUUAUCACCCGUUUGUACCUACCAGUGCUUCGGACUUCAGCAUGGGCGCAAUGCUGGGACACCAGCCUCCGUUUUUCCCGGUGGUUGGAUGUGGAAAACCAAUUCUGGAUCAGCUAGUGAGCUCUAGCGAAAACGCAUAUAGCGUAUCCAUUCAUGGGGUCAAAGACAACCCCACAACAAACCAGAUCAGAGGGUUGAAAACAGUAGAGCCAGAAACCGGAGUUGAAGAUGAUCCCGUCGUUCUAUUGGAAGCUAAAGAACUUUGGGAACAGUUUCACAGGAGCGGCACUGAGAUGGUGAUAACUAAAUCUGGAAGGCGCAUGUUUCCACCUUUCAAAGUGCGGUGUACAGGUUUUGACAAGAAAGCAAAGUACAUUUUGCUGAUGGAUAUAGUGGCAGCGGACGACUCAAGAUACAAGUUCCACAACUCCCGCUGGAUAGUGGCAGGAAAGGCAGACCCCGAGAUGCCAAAACGGAUGUACAUUCAUCCUGACAGUCCCGCUACUGGAGAACAGUGGAUGUCCAAAAUUGUCAAUUUUCACAAACUGAAGUUGACAAACAAUAUUUCAGACAAACAUGGAUUUACAAUUCUGAAUUCCAUGCACAAAUAUCAGCCGAGGUUUCACAUUGUGCGGGCCAAUGAUAUCCUCAAACUUCCGUACAGCACGUUCAAGACUUACGUAUUUCCCGAAACAGAAUUUAUUGCUGUCACAGCGUACCAAAAUGAUAAGAUUACUCAGUUAAAGAUAGAUAAUAAUCCAUUCGCCAAGGGAUUCCGAGAUACUGGAAAUGGAAGACGAGAGAAAAGGAAGCAACAGUCCCUACAGGGGUCAAAAGGUGCGGAAUCAAAAAAAGAUCUCGGAUCCUCGGACGACUCUUCAAGCGAUCAGAGUUCAUCAAAUUAUUUCAUUCAAGUACCCACAAUCGUUACAUCAACAUCAAAAGAGACAGGUGAAAGUGAUGUUGAUGGCACUGGGCAAGACGAAAAGUUCAUCCCCGAAGAUGAAGCGGACUCUAGAGAAAUCUCCACGACCACCUGUGAGCUAUCGGACAAAACAAAACUGCUGGAUCAAACGGAGCUCGAUAAAAGCCAAAAAGACCACGGAUCCCUAGACCGCGAGAAUGGAAGCGGACGAUUCCUCGGAACGUCGGAUUUCACUCCUCUUUACUUCCCGCAACACCCUUCACAGGGUUUAAUGGUGUCUCCGUAUGGAAGCAUUUUCUCAUAUCCAUACAACUAUGUGAGUCCAACAGCUGCCCAGAUUCACCGUCAUCACAUCAGUGCCAGGCACCGUACCCGCUGCAGACCCUACUCGCCACCGACACGGGUACAUGACAACGGCCUGUCACUGACUGCAGCAAAUUACUCAAAAUGCGAGACUGACAUGGAAGCCGACACAAACACAACGAGCCCGGAUUCAGCGAGAUUUGGACCCAGGAAAGAGGUCCAAAAAUCAUCACCUGGGUCACGUUUGGGCUGCCCGUCUCCGGACUCAAGUUAG